AUGCUCGGAUACAAGAAUACCAGUCCAGCUGAAGUCCUCCAAAGAUACAAAGUCUUUGCGAUGUACACGAUGCUCACCAACACCACCAUGAAUACAUUCGAAACCCUCCAGGGAGCCAAGGUCUCUGCCAUGUACGCGACGCUCACCAGCGCCACCACCAAUGUAUUCGAAGCCCUCCUCGACCCGAAGUUUUCUGCUGCUCAGCUGAUGAAUUCUUUCGCGUACACCAUCGAAUGGGUCUGCCUUCUCGACAUGCUCUUCAUCAUCAGCAUCGGAGCUUUGUGGCUCAUAGUCCUCGGGCCUGGCACCUUCCGAGACCGCGUGCAAGUCGUCAUCGCAGCGUUGCGUCGACAAGCGAACGAACUCGGUACAUAUCAUCUCAUCAUUGGCUACCUCUUCGUAUGCGGAAUGCCCUUCAUGGCUAGAAUUUACAGGUCUAGAGGCUCGAUGAAGAACCCGUACCUGGAUCUGCUCUUGUCAAUGUGCUCUAUGUUGUGGUUCGGCCUCAUGCUUGCCCUCGGUCGACUUUUGCGUGCACCCAAGCGACCUAAGAACAACCUAUACGCGCCAAGCCACCACGCAUUUCCAGCAUUCGCCAUCCUCAGCAUCACAGGCUCGCCAGCAACCAACGAUCUAGUCAUGAAGGUAGCGCCAACAGUCCCUGACACCGAAAAAAGAACGCUGCUCAUUCAAAAUCUCGGUGAAGAUGAUACAAAGUGUACCGUCUGCCUGGACGAAUUCAUUGUCGGCGACAGAAUUGUGUGGCUUCCCUCCUGCCGGCACGUACUUCAUGAGGAAUGCUGCAAGAAGUGGUGGAAUAUACGAAUGAGCUGCACCAGAUGUGGCGUCCGCUACACCUGGGUGCUACGUCCGAAGGGUGAGAUGAUGCGGAGGCUCGCAUCAUCCUGA